GAUCAAAUAAAUCAGACCAAUAAAAAGACGCCCUCCGAGAAGGAGAUAAGGACGGAGAGAGUAGGUGGGAGAUGCCGACGGAGAAGACGAACCAGAACGGCCUCGCCGCCUCGGCCCCGGCGGCAGCUGCGCGGCACGCGAUCCCGACGUACCCGCCGCCGGAGUCGGAGUCGGAGGAGUCGUGGGUGUGGGCGCAGAUCAAGGCGGAGGCCCACCGGGACGCGGAGUCGGAGCCGGCGCUGGCGAGCUUCCUCUACGCCACGGUGCUCUCCCACAACUCCCUGGCCUUCUCCCUCGCCUUCCAUCUCGCCAACAAACUCUGCUCCUCCACUCUCCUCUCCACCCUCCUCUACGACCUCUUCCUCCAGUCCUUUUCCUCCAAGCCCUCCCUCAUCUCCGCCGUCGUCGCCGACCUCCUCGCUGUUCGCCACCGCGACCCCGCCUGCGUCUCCUUCUCCCACUGCCUCCUCAACUACAAGGGCUUCCUCGCCGUCCAGGCUCACCGCGUGUCCCACCUUCUCUGGGCCCAGCACCGCCGCCCCCUCGCCCUCGCCCUCCAGUCCCGCAUCGCCGACGUUUUCGCCGUCGACAUCCACCCCGCCGCCCGCAUCGGCAAGGGCAUCCUCCUCGACCACGCCACCGGCGUCGUCGUCGGCGAGACCGCCGUGAUCGGCAACAACGUCUCCAUCCUCCACCACGUCACCCUCGGCGGCACCGGCAAGGCCGUCGGCGACCGCCACCCGAAGAUCGGCGACGGCGUCCUCAUCGGAGCCGGCGCUACCAUCCUCGGCAACAUCCGGAUAGGGGAGGGGGCCAAGAUCGGUGCCGGGUCCGUCGUCCUCAUCGACGUGCCCCCGAGGACCACGGUCGUCGGGAACCCUGCCCGGCUCGUAGGGGGGAAGGACAAGCCCGCGAGGCACGACGACGUGCCAAGCGAAUCCAUGGAUCACACUUCCUUCAUCCAGGAGUGGUCCGACUACAUCAUCUGACCUCCUUCUGCCUCGACUCCUAUCGCAUAUACGGCUUUCUUCCAUCCCCCAUCUCUUGUUCGUUUCCGUACUGCUACUGCUGUAUGUUCGUAUUACUUGUUUGGAGAUGUAUGCUGUGAGAAUCCUCCAAUUAUCAGGUACUGCUAUAUUUCUAUCUUUUGAUGAUCCUUCAUCAAGAAACUGUGUGCUUUUUGGUUGGAUGACAUCCAGCGAUCUUCAUCUUCUUGGUUGUUGCUUAUGGUGUUUUCUUGACUGAUUUGGUCAAGUGUCUAUAAUAAUGCAUUAUGCUAUGUUCAUUCA